CUUCUUCUCCAGAGAGAUUCACGUUUCCUUCCUCCGGAAGAAUCUACUCUCUCUGGCUCCUUCGCCUUCCAAUCUCGUUCUCAUCAUAGCCGUGGAAUCCUUGAUCAACGGUUCUUCCCCUCUCAGGUCAUAGUUAGAUGUUGAUGUCUGAAUUGGGGGGUCUAUACGGAGGAAAGUUCAACUUUUGAUUCUAAAUUUCCAGUGGAAUAGUUCUUUUUUUUAGGUACCGUGUUCAGUUCUGCAAAUACACAGAAGGGUUUGGGGACAUUAGGGAAAUUGCUGUAUUUUAGGAUUGGGAUUUCUUAACUUGAUAAACAUGGUGGUGCUGGAAUCAAUUGCAGCGACCUCUCUUCUUGGGCACCUACCACUGUGUGGAAGGGUCUCUGUGAGUGUCAGGGAUGUUCCCUGCAAACAGAAAUCUUUUAGUAACUGCCGGUUCCCCUCAACAGUUUUCAUUGGUAAAAGGAUAGGGGUGUCUCCCACUUCACCAAGAUUGAGAGUUGAUAGGUCAGUUAAUUCAUCAGUUAAGGCGCUUGCAAAGGAGCUGACAAAAGAGGUAUAUGCAUUUAGAGAGGAAGAUAGAAAGCCACGAGAUUGGAAUUACCAAGCUGAUACUGGUGUUGAUCGAAGACCUGGUUUGUGGCCACCGGAGAACAGGGCUGAUAAUCCCUCAUUGCACAAUCCCUUGCUUCGUCAGGAAAGGAUGGGUUGUGGUUGGUUAAGUGCUAUAUUUGAAUUGGAAGGAGUUAUGGUUGAAGAUAACCCUGAUCUUGAGAAGCAAGCCUGGCUGACUCUUGCUGAAGAAGAAGGAAAAUCUCCUGCUCCAGCCUUCAUUCUUCGAAGAAUAGAAGGGAUGAAGAAUGAGCAAGCAAUUUCUGAAGUUCUGUGCUGGUCAAGAGACCCAGCAGAAUUGAGAAGAAUGGCUUCGAGGAAGGAAGAAAUCCACCAAGCCUUGGAAGGUGGGUUAUAUCGAUUAUGUAAUGGUUCCCGUGAAUUUGUAAAUAUUUUGAUGCAUUACAAGAUACCGAUGGCAUUGGUUUCCACCCGACCAAGGAAAACCCUUGAGACUGCAAUUGUGACAGCUGGGAUUGAGGGGCAGUUCAGUGUCAUUGCAUCAGCAGAGGAUGUUUACCGGGGUAAACCUGAUCCUGAGAUGUUUCUGUAUGCUGCACAGCUUCUAAAUUUUAUACCUGAACGCUGCAUAGUGUUUGGAAAUUCUAAUCAGACAGUUGAGGCUGCACGUGAUGCACGAAUGAAGUGUGUGGCUGUCGCUAGCAAACAUCCUGUGUAUGAACUUGGGGCUGCAGACUUGGUUGUGAGCCGAUUAGAUGAGCUUUCAAUUGUUGAUCUGAAGAACCUUGCUGACAUCGAGUCGUCUGAAUAUGGAUCUGGAGAGCCAGAGUUAGAAAUGGAGAUGGAAGAGGAAGAGGAUGGCCCAUCAUCCACCACAACAGCAGUUGAUGAUAUCUUCUGGUAACCAUUAGAAAUUGUACAGUUUUCUUUAUGCUUUCACCUAAUUCUUGAUGAUAAUGGCUCCAUAUAUUGCCAUUUCUGUGUAUAACAAGAAAAAGGAACAAAAAAACAGGAAAUUUAGAAAAACACAAAGGUGGUCUGCAUUAGACUACCCCAAUAUUACAAUGGAUGUAUUAUUUGUACCAUAUAUAUGUGCUUAAUACUUCAAAUUAUU